AUGGCGGCCGAAUCUUGCAACCCAGACCUCACCGGCGUCGUCGACGACUUCUACUUCUCAGCCCUCGCCCACGCUCGGAACAACACCGACGUCGCUGAAGACGAUGAGCUCUUCCCGAUAUCCGACGAGAAGUACGCCGCCGAGCUCCAGCUCCAGGAGGUGAUCAUGUCAUCCGCCAUCGCGGCUGCCUCCUCGGCGCGCGCGCUGCUCCCAGCACGUCUCGCUGCCAGCACCAGCAGUAGCGCAGUCCCCUUCAUUGUCAUAGGUGAGUGCUCGUCUGCCGGUGCCUCUUUCUCUUCGACCUCUAGGCCCAAUGCCACCCCCACGGCGGCCUCGGCGCUCGUGUUUUGCAAGAUCUGCAUGGACGCCGUGCCUCCGUCGGACGCGCACCGCGCCAGCAGCGGCUGCGCGCACGCCUUCUGCACGGCGUGCCUCGGGGGCUACAUCGGCGCCAAGAUCCAGGAUAGGAUCGCCGACGUCAAGUGCCCCGAGGAGCGGUGUGCCGGCGUCCUCGACCCGGCGCUCUGUCAGGACAUGCUCCCACGGGAGGUCUUCGAGCGCUGGGGCGCCGCGCUCUGCGAAUCCAUGAUGCUCGGCGCCAAGAGGACCUACUGUCCGUUCAAGGACUGCUCGGCGAUGAUGCUGGUGGACGACGCCGACGAUGGUAAUGUCUCACAGUCGGAGUGCCAGGUGUGCAGGAGGCUGUUCUGUGCCCGGUGCGGCGUGCCGUGGCACGCUGGCGCCGACUGUGCCGCUUACAGGAAGCUCGGCAAGGGUGACAGAGGCAAGGAGGACAUGAUGCUGCUGGAGAUGGCCAAGGGGAAGAAGUGGAAGAGGUGCCCCAAGUGCCAGUUCUUCGUCGAGAAAACCGAAGGCUGCUUACACAUUACCUGCAGGUGUAAAUUCGAGUUCUGCUAUGGAUGUGGCAACCAGUGGGGCGGGACUCAUUCUAGCUGCACCACAGCAUGA